AUGCAACAGCAAUCUCCACCCAUAGGCCAUCAGGGCAGCCCGCGCGAGCGUGGUGGGCACAGACAGGGUCGUAGAAAGGUCGAUGGGUGGUCGCAGUGCGGCCGUUCGGCCCUGCCGGGUCUAUGGCGCUCCCUUCACGCGCACAAAGCAACAAAGCGCACAGCACACGAACUGAGCACCCAGAAGCCCCCAAAGCUAUGGACAUACAUGCCACCGCCCAACGUCGAGGGGUGCAAGGCCGGGAACACGAUGGCCUGCCAUGAGCAGAUGGUGUCGCUAAUCGCGGCGAACACGCCGGCGGAAGAAGACACCAGCACCCUGGUGCGCGCGUUUGCGUUUGAGGUAGCUGCGAAGGUUGGCGCCGAGUACUGCCAUCACGACACCGCCCCGGAGCCAAUGCCGAGCAUGGCCCUCGCUGCUGCGAAGAAGGCUGCGGCGGAGCAUCCGGGUCUUUGUGGGGUUUACCACGCUCACAUAAUAGCAGCCGUGCGGACCGAGGACGUGACAAGUCAAUCGGGCUCCACCGCUGCCAACAAGUUCCGCAACCAAGCGUGCUACGACGGGGCCAUGGCGAUGAAUGCGCAUGGGAAGGGAGUGCAGCUGAAGAGAGCAGAGUGCUUCACGCAUGCCCGCCGGGCAGUGUGGCCUGGAAAUGAGGAAAUGGGGUGGAGGCAGUUAGAGAGUAAAUAGAGGUGGUGUCAUCAUCCUUCGCAACACCUCCACAUGUUGGCGUGUUGCAUUCAUGUCUUGAACGUCGUGGAUGAAGGCCGACUGUUUUGUAUGAGGACCUGCGGCCGAAUGUAUGUCCGUUGUCCGUGCUUUCAUUUUGUCUUGAUUAUUUUUUAUGCCGCAGCACUGUCGUCGGGAGAUGCGCGUUGUUGUCGUGAUGAAAGUAUGCAUGUAUGCGGAUGUGGACGUGGGCUUUCCAAGAGGGGUGCCGAGAAACAACCGCCCUGUCUUGAUGUAUGCUUUGAUUUUUGAAAAAGAACACCGCGUGAUGGAUGCGUGAUCAGGAUGUGGAUGUGUAGGUACUACCUGAUCGGCAGCGCAUGAGGGUUGCAGCUGCACCGGUGGCUACACCCCGGUCUACAUAUACGGGCCCAAGAUUGUCGGACGACGUCGUAGUCUUGGUUCAUUAUUUGGCUUUUUUUGUUGAUUUGUUAGAGAGCGCUCGCCUGCGAGAGCGUUGGACUCUUUUGUUUGUUGUUUUGCCCGGCAAUUGACACCAGCGAUGCCUGGCGUAUAAACUUUCUCUAAGUGUGCACCCUUGUGGGGUACUUGGCCUGUGACCAUGGUAGACGUGCGCGUCACACGGGUACGGAUAUUAGAUGGCGCUGACCAGAGGCUGCCGCUGUUUGUUCAUGUGAAGAACAAGAAUAUGAACGACAGCAACGACAAAUUUCCUGGCGAAAAGCAACAACGCUUCCAUGCGACAAGCACGGCCAUGAGGCAAGCGCUCGCGACAACAUGUGUCGAUUGUGCCCAACAACAUUUCAACAAGCAUUACACGACACGUGCCUCUUCGCUCUUGCCACCAUGAUAGUGAACGGCACGUGACAAACAGGUGUCCGCGGUACCCAUAAAAACAUGAGUGUAUGCGUGUUGUUCAAUUUACGAUAGACAUGAGUCGUAACACCUUUCCGCAUUUUUUGCAUGCGCAAGACGUCUUCCAUUGGCGCAGGGCCUUGGCCCGCCUGUUGACACAUGAACCUACGCUUCCAUUCCAACCCGGAACGCUGACAUUGCUGACGCAUGCCGGACUAACCCUAACCCUGGCACCCGAGUAGCGAAAAAAGAGCAGGGGGUUGUACGAGGUACCCAUGAAGCCGUGGGAAUCCCUCCUGCCUCCUGCUAUUCUCUGCGUGUUUCGAGUGCAUACCAACCGCCGCACCGGGCGGCAUCUUGACACCGUAGCAUGCAAACAAUGACAAUGACAACUCCGAAUCAACUAUCAGCUAGUCAAGCUACCGACAGAAGAUCGUUGCAACAGGGCUGCUUGUCGACUAACUCGUAUGGACCCCCCCCAAUAGUCUUCUGACGGUGGCGGCGACGCAUUUUCUGGCACUUCAAAGCACUUGCCUGGGACACACACAAUAACAAUGAAUUACUCGGGCGGCGAUCCAAACCAAUUGAUUGGCUUGUACGUUCUCUCGGCGGCCCACUUUUUAGCGGCAACAUGCGCUUCUGGUAUUUUACUGCACGUAUUGCACAGCAUCAACGUCCGGUCCUUCCCCGUCCCACCCGUGCAAGUAUCACACCAGCAUACCCCACAAGUUCUAGUCCCAGUGUACGGACCGGCCGUCUUUUUGCAAGCCCCCCCAUGGCAUACACGCUGACCGCGUGCGCCCUUCACGCGGUACGACUCCACUGCCGUCGUGCGCCUUGCCCCCUUCCCACCGUCACCCACGUUACACAAGGACAUGAGGUGAUUCGCGAGCCUACGGUCCCAGUCAAUACGCUCCAUCUUCAUAGCCUUCUCGACUAGGCAUUGAAAUUCUUGGAGCUCUGCCACCUUUAGGUCGCACCUGCCCGCCGCCGCCCCUCCCUCUCCGGCUUCCCCGGCUUCCCCGGCAUCACCCACCCCCCCGUCUCGUGUCGCCGCCUCCAAUGCCGCGGUACACUGCGUGGCUAGCACCCCGGCCCACUCGAAGAACAGGAGCCACGCGUUUCUGACGGCUUGAGCG